UCACCUCUUGACACAUGCGCAAAAACGAAACCACCUGUAAACACCUUGACAGUUGUAAACGUAAAGAUUUACACGUUUAUUUUACCUGUAUAUAUCAAGUUCAUUGAACUAUCCUUAAGUAUGUAGAUCUCUUCGUACAAUUUCGUAGCACAGAAAAAGAAUAAAAUUGGAGGAGGCAAUAUUUAUUGACGUUCCGGUUGCGGGAACAUGCGGUAACAACAAAAAUAUGGUCUUCAGGUGAAAGCUUUUUACAGUUUAAAAAAAAUGCUCUCGAAACAUGACUUUGAGUAAGGAACUAAAUACGACCGGCAAAAUGCACGAAUUAUUUAUGCAGGUGUUAAAAAAUCGGGACCUGUCCAAGGCUGGCGAUUUAUUUUCUGUGACGGACGGCGAAAUUGUUAACGAUUUAACUUUAGUGUUGAAUGAGAUAACAACAAUAGCAUCACAACCCGAUUAUGCACACAAUGACAACGAUCAAAGUGUCGUCGAAAUAUGCGUGACACGAGUUACAUCAUGCAUAAGAGAAACCGGUACAGUCGAGCAGCACUGCGAAGCUCUCGUCACGCUGCUAGAAUCCUGCUUACAUCACAAUCUGCAACUGACCUCCAGAGAUGAGGAUCCUCCUCACGCAAAAAUUUCAAGUGAUAUUAUUUCGUGUAUUUUUCUUAAUUAUGGUAAAAAAUCUGUGAUGCAACGUGCCUUAUCGGUUGCGGUUAAGUUUUUACAUAAGGGAAACAAAGAACUGUCGAGAAACAUGGCCUCCUACCUAUCGCUGGCAGCUAUAGAGCACGCCUCGUUGCUUAGCCCGCAUGUUCAACCCAUUAUGGACUCGAUAAUUUCGGGUAACUACCCGCUUUGUCGAGUUCUGGCUCAAAUUUACGAGGUGUCACCGGAGCCGUUGCAGGGUCACGCGAUGGCGCUCGUUUCGUUACUUCCCCAUUGUGAUAAUCAAGAGAAAUUGGCUUUAUUACACUUAUUUUCUUUAAUAGCUAAGGACAAUCCAACGUUAUUAGAAGCGAGCGUCCCCCAAUUAUGCGAGUAUCUAAAUAGUUCGACGACGGCAGCUCCCACUUUGCAAGUCUUCCUGAACAUGGCCCAAAAGAAUCCCGCCCUUUUGGCGGAUCACGUUGGUCCGUUGAAGUUGACCGCCCAGAGGUAUCCGCACACCGUCUGCUUGGCCGCUCAAGUCAUAAGCGCGGUGGGAAAACUGAGUAAGGAUCGUGCGCAGGAUGCCUUGAAUUUUGUGUUGGAGUACUUACCGAAGGCGGAUAGGGGCUCUCAGGGUACGUUGUUGAGGGAGGCUACACUGCUGUGCAGUUCCUAUCCGGUUCUGUUUACUGACAAAGUUUUGGCGGGAGUACGGCAGAGGCACCAUACAAGUUCAAAUCAAAUUGGUCACACCCACGCAGUCAACCAAAACAAUCACGUAACAUCGGGAGGUGUAACAAUUGUUAAAGUAGGAGGGAACACACAGCAAACCGCGCCGACAUCACAAGGAGGGUAUACUCGCAGAGCGAAAUUGGGAAACUCCCGAAGUACAGGACGUCUCACUUCCAACAACAACCACCAAAGUAGCUCAGUUGGGGGUUUGCACAAAAGCAUGACAAGGCUCAGCUCGUCACAGCAGAUCAACGUCCCAGUGUCGAAUGCGCCUCCCGUCGCCGCACCGGUACCCCCACCCUUAUCGAACAACGUCAUGAUCACCAAUAACAAAUGGGUCGUGCCAAACUCGCGAGUGUCAAGCGGUGGCGUUACGGUUACCACAAUAUCCCCGCCGAGAAUUCACAGACCUCACAGCCAAGGACCGAUGACGUUACUAACACCUGUCGGUACCAAUCAUAGCAGUCAAAUAACCAUAAAUCCAAUCCAAUCGGGUUCUCAAGCAUCAAGCAUAGCAAACAAUUCGGUCACCGUGAGUUCGGUAUACAAUGGCCCGAUUUUGAGCGGUCAAGUUUCCGUGCUAACGAGUACCGUAAUCGGUUCGAACAACGUCGUCACGCAAACUAUCCCCGUCGGAUCGGGGAGUGUCAAUCAAGUUUCCGUGAAUGAUUCCAUUGUUAAUCACAAUGGAAGCAGUCACGUUAAUAUCAGCGGUCCCAGUACUGUCACAACGAGGCGAGCGAAUAAUACAAGCGUGACAAUCGUAAACGCGAACCAAGGGGCGGCCUCUCAAAGAAUGAGCGUUUUCGAACCGUACCCGAUGAGAGACACCGUGCAGCACUUCUGCGAAAAGCACUUGGAUAAAAUUAAGAUCUACAUGGAUAAAGUGUCCUCGAAAAUUCCCCCACCCGCCAAAUGCACUAUCGAAGAAAGGCGGCACAAAAAAUCGGCGAAACUGCACUUCGCCUGUCAAGCUCGCGGCCAGCAUUGUCUGUAUUCGAAGACCUUCUUCACGAUGCGAACGAGGAAUCCGCGCAUCUGGAUACACCUGAUGUUUAUCGCGCUACAAGCUCGAUCGCCCCACGCCCUAAGCUCGAGGGACGCGAGCGUCACAAGCCUGAAGCACUGCUGGGACAUGCUCAAGUGCGAAAAUAAGACAUUCUUGACUCUUGUAACGAGCGCGUUUCCGUGCUCCAAGGACCAAGAGAUGCUGCUCAACGAGCUGAGGCAUUCGGGAUUCUUCGACGUUUUCCAAUUGUGCCCCGGAAACAUCGGGGGUUCGUCCAGUCACAUCGAGAACGGCAUUAAAUUUCAGUGGGGCUGUUUUCUGUGCGCCCAUCCGGAGAGGGCGGUGGGAUUUUUAAGAGGUGAUACUCAACCUGUGAUAGAGGGGCAGCUUAAAGAGAAGAAGGGGAAGUGGAAGCUCUUUCGGAGGUGGAGGACGAGGUAUUUUACGUUGUCGGGCGCCCAUUUAUCAUGUAAAGGAUCUAGCGGGGGUGAAAGCAUCGACGUAAAUCAAAUAAGAUCCGUAAAGGUAUCCCGUGGCGCCCGAAACAUACCGAAGGCCUUCGAAAUCUUUACGGGCAACCAGUCGUUGAUCCUAAAACCGAAGGACGGUAAAAACGCCGAAGAAUGGGUACAAUGUCUAAGUAUCGUCGUCGCCCACUCGCACGCCAAGGAAUUGCCGGCCAAAACACACUGUUUGAUUUAUAGAGGCUAUACCUUUGGACCAAAAGAUUUUCCUUUUCUCGUUACCUGGAUGUGAUAUAAAAUGAUUAUUCCGCUACUCGAACAAGUAUAAAUGUGACACAAUCCCAGUUUAAACAUCACAUUUAAUUUAUCGUUUUUUUUUAUGAUGAAAGACAACUACAAUGUUAUAAUGUACUUAUAUACUUAAAUAGCGUAUUGAUCAAAAUUUUUUAUUUUUGAAAUCUUUUAAAGGACAUAUGUAUUUUUAUGAAUAUUUAUAUUAUCUGUUUAUUCUAAAACAUUCCAAUGCUUGUAUGUGCAUAUUUUAUUAUUGUUACGAAAUAAAUAUUGGUUU